GGGGGUCGAAUUCGGAUUGAAGAGCUCGGAUUCGCUUGACCCAUCUCGGAUUCUCAUCCGAGCUCCGCCCUCCACGGAAUGUCCGAUUCAUCAAUCCUCCAACAUCCUCCAUUAUAAGAAAGAACUUAAUUCCUCAAAUUUUCAAAACCACACCACAUCACUACACCCAUCUCACAAAACUUCCACCUCACACUAUCUUGCCAUUUCCUAACAUUGCAUAUCAUUCACACAAUCAUACAGAACCCGCUAGAAACGAACCAAUACACCAUUAUGGGUCUGAUCAAACUCGGCGUCAAAGGCGGUCUUGUCUACCUUGUCGCAAAUAAAAUCGCAGAAUCCAUCAAUAAAGACGACCAAAAGAAAGGUGCACAAGAGCAGCAGCAUUCAGGAAAAUGCUCAUGCAACGAUAUUUCCUCUGCAAGUCCUUUAUACCAGUCACAAUGGCGGCGCUAUCAAGAACCUUCAUCCAGCCAACCUCCUCCCUACCAAGCCUAGUCAAUUGCAUCUGGAUAUUGCAGAUAGUAGAACCAUGAUGGGUUAGGUUGACAAGCCAUGGGAUCAUCUUCGCCUUGAGAGUCACUGCAUGAUUGAACAAUUGAACACCGCUGGCUUUAUCUCGAUUUCUCCCUUUGGCAAUGAUAUUGUGUAAACACGAUUUGAAUAGCGAACAAGAAGCAACGAACCCAACUUUGGCAUUCAAAGAACGGGACAUAGAUCAUGGGAGCCUAGUCUAGACAAAAUCGAGCUUCACA